AAAUUUUUGGACCCUAUUUUUUAUUUGAUUGUUAUAAUUGUGUCUAGGCCAGCUGAACAAACUUUCCAUUCUAAAUUCUAAUUAACUAAACUGGUAUUUUCCAUUCUUGAUUCUCCGAUCAGAAGCGAAUCGAAACGUGAUAAUGGGGAGGUCUCAUCUGGAUGCGGUGAUCUCCGUGUUUGUUACGGUGCACCCGCACGAGACCUCUGCUCUGCUCCACUCCUUCUUCUGCUUCUUCUUCAUAUUGAGUGCUUAUUUCGUAGUUCUUCCGCUGCGUGACGAAGGUGCAAUCUCAUUGGGGCUGUCAAAUCUACCAGGUCUCUUUGUAGGUUCCUUGGUCCUCACCCUCAUUGCUGCGCCCAUUUCGUCACUCGUCUUCUCUCUCCCUAAUCUUUCCAAAUCCAAGGCUUUGGUUUUAAUACACAGGUUCUUCAGUGUAUCGCUGGUAGUGUUCUUUAUUCUAUGGCACUACUCAUCAGCUGGAUAUUCAACAUCGAAUUUGAUUGGAUCCACGGCCUUGACCAAUCCCUCCAAGGAAGAGGCCAAAAUUGGUGACCGAGGCAGUCUUGCAUCUUCAUUUGGUUGGGAUGACCAUGGAUGGUUUUAUAUAUCUGUCCGAAUAGGAUUGUUCCUUUGGGUUGCUCUGCUUAAUCUAAUUACAAUUUCUUCGACUUGGGCAAGGGUUAUUGACAUUAUGGACAAUGAGUCAGGUUCAAGAUUAUUUGGAUUUAUUGGUUCUGGUGCCACCCUAGGACAAUUUUGUGGAUCAUUGUUUGCCACUGGAAUGGCUUUUGUUGGCCCAUUAAAAAAAAUGUCUUUUGCAGUUUUACUUUUGAUUGCUGCUUUGUUGAUGGAACUUGCGGCACAGACAUCAAGAGGGAUAAACCGUGGCACAUCUCAUGUUGAGGAAGAAUUGACUCCCAUCAGGGAAUCUGAUUCCAACCAUGAAAAUGAGACUGUUGAGAUACAUAAGACAAAAUAUACUCUAAGUGGUCCUCCAAAGUCGCCCACUUCUUCAGUGAGCCGUCAAAUUUGGCCCAUAUUAGAAGGAAUCUGGCUUAUAUUGUCAUCAACUUACCUGUUGCAUGUAUCAUUGUUCAUCUGGCUGAGUGCAAUUGUCUCUUCAUUCUUCUACUUUCAGAAAAUGAGUGUGGUUGCCUCUACAGUUACUAGCUCUCUUGGUAGGAGAAAAUUAUUUGCCCAGAUAAAUAGCUUUAUUGCUGUUUUUAUUCUUGCUGGACAAUUGUCCUUAACGGGGCGCAUUCUUACUGUUGCUGGGGUGACUGCAGCUAUAUGCUCAGCUCCUUUUGUUGGCCUCUUAAAUUUAAUUGCUCUAGCAGUAUGGCCAGAUUGGGUGGUGGUUGCUAUUUGUGAGACGCUGAGAAAGGUAGUCACAUAUGUUGUUACAAGGCCUGGAAGAGAGCUGCUAUUUGUUGUUGUUUCAGAGGAUGAGAAGUAUAAAGCCAAAGUAUGGCCAUCUUCUGUUUUAUUUCUUCUUUCCUUCCCUCAUAAAGGUAUGCAUAGAUGUGUUGGUUCAAAGACUCGGAGAUGCUACAGCAGCAGGAAUGUACAAAAUUCUUGUUAGUACUCUCAACGAGAAGCCCUCAACCGUUUCCCUUUUUGGCCUGCCGGUUUGUUUGUUCUGGAUAGUCACAGCAUUUUUCUUGGGUCGUCGCCAAGUGCAACUUUCAAAGAACUAGAUUUUCUUACACUAAUUUUUCUUUAUACAUGUAUAGAGAAAUUUGAGCCUGAGAGGCUGAGAUAAGCUAACAUCGGUAUGUUCUACCUAUUUUUUUCAAGGCAUUACUUUUGUGCUGAUAAUUAGAGAAAUUCUGAUGUAGGGUGAUACAAAUGAAUGAUCAUACAUGCCACAGGAUUAUUUACUAUAGAGGAACAAUUUCUGCCUUCUGCUUCAUUGGUAUUCAAUUCAAUAUGGAGGAACAAUUUCUGCC